AUGAUGGUCUACUUCCUCCCAGACAGCGCGUCAGGCACACAUCCGAACCAACUGGUUUUGGUUUGUCUUUUGAGCAUGACGGACGCAAGAUCGGCUUUAUCAGAGCAGGACAUUCAAAAGAAAAUAGAGGAAACAAGAAAACGAUUCCGUAUCGAAUAUGCACAAGACUCAUCAGACAAGUAUGACUCCAGGGAUGUGGACAGGUUAUGGAAGGAUGACGUUUUGGUUGAUGGUUAUCUGGAGUGGCGCCACUUUGAGGUGGAGGACACCUUGAAGAUGAUCGAUGAGAGUCUUCAGUGGAGAAAAGAAUUCAAACUGAAUGACAUUAACGAAAGCUCUGUUCAAAAGUCUCUAUUUGAGUCUGGCAUGCAUUAUCUCCAUGGCUAUGAUAAAGAGGGCAACAAACUGUUCUGGUUCAGGGUUAAGCUGCACGUGAAGGAUGUGAAGAUGUUGACGGAGAAGAAAAGGUACGUGGCCUUCUGGUUGGAGAGCUACGCCCGGCGGGAACCAGGGAUUCCCCUCACCGUGAUCUUUGACAUGUCUGAAGCGGGUCUAAGCUGCAUUGACAUGGAUUUGAUCAAAUAUAUAAUCAAUUGCUUCCAAGUGUAUUACCCUAGAUUGCUUUCCAAAAUGCUCAUGUACGAGAUGCCAUGGAUCAUGAGUGCGGCAUGGAAGAUGGUGAAGAACAUGCUCAGUCAAGACGCCAUCGACAAGCUGAAGUUUGUGUCCAAGAGUGACAUCCAGAACUAUGUUGAUAGGGAGAACCUCCCGUCCUACAUGGGAGGAACUGACCCAUUCAAAUUCAGUUACCCACCGUUGCCUGAUGACGUCUUCCAGAACCCCAUAUCAGAGACUGGACAAGAGGAUGACACUAAGUCAAAGGACAAUGACCUGGAGGCCAAGGACACCCUGGAGCCGAGCUCUCCUACACUCAGAACCAGAAAUGUAUACUUGGCCCACGAUGGGGACAAUGAUGGCUCCAUCAGAUGGAAAGGAUCCCGUAGGCCAACCGUCACUUUCAAAGGCACCUUACUCUAUAUCAGUCCUGAUGAUGAGUUGUGCUUUGGCCACAGAGAGGGUGAGAAGAGAUGUCCGAUCAUGAUUAAUAAUGUCACCAAAAACCAAGUGGCCUUCAAGGUGCGGACCACAGCUCCAGAGAAGUACAGGGUGAAGCCCAGUAAUAGCAGCUGUGGGGCGGGCAAGAGUAUGGAAAUCAAUGUGUCCCUGCAUGGAGGGUCCCUGUGCUCUCCUCAGGACCGCUUCUUAAUCAUGGCUGCUGAGAUGGAGCCAUGUAGCGGUGGGGGGAGCACAGACCUCGCCCAGUUCUGGAAGGGUGUCCCAAAGGCUAAUAUAAUGGAGCACAGGCUGCGGUGUCGAAUGCUAGAGGGCAUCAAGUCGGCACUCAGCCCUGUGACUGACAGGUCUCACAAAAUGGAGACCAAUAGCUACCAAGACAUGCACACCACGCUCCUUCAGUUGAUGGCCAGCAGCUCCAGGCUAGAACAGAAGAUGGACCACUGCCUGUGGUGGCAGAAGCUCUUGACUGUACUGGUGACUGCACUGACGGCCUUGGGCUUCUCUGCCCUCUACAUACAGUACACUGGGGAGUGGCCAUUUUGAAACUUUCCCAUGGUGGAGGAAGAAGACAGAAGGACCAGUCACAGUGGAGUCAGGAUGAAAGUCGAUUUCUGAUUGGAGCAUAAAUACGAGGAACUGCUCGCAAUCCACUCUAUGACCUUUGGACACUGAAUAUAAUUAUAUUUCCACACUAUCAGGUUGGAAUAAUACUGUGAAAUUAUGAAAGUAAUUAUAAUGCACUUUUAGUGUAAGACCUGUUUGAGUGGGUGAUGACUCGAGGGGAUCUAGCUUUCAUCAAGUUAACGUCAGACUUGACUUUUCGUAGCAGGUUAGGAGAAUUAGGUUAAGGUUGGCAACUUUUUACAUUAAUUUGACAAAAGCUGGAGCCUUUCUCGCCAUGACUGUUUUGAUGGUAUGGAGUUUUGGCCUGCCUGGUGACCUCAACAGGCGGUAAAUUAUUUAAUAGACCAAUAAGAAAGAGGGUUGCAAACCUCUCUGCCAAACCUCUCUGCCAAUAACAGCUAGUUUUCAGUUUUCCCAUACUCACUCAGCAAAAUUAUUGCUUGAGAAAUUUCACUUUGCUAAAAAGCUAUUUUUGUUUCUUUUCUGGACAUGUUUUCAAUUAAAAUCACAGUAAGGUACUUAAUUUUUACCCACAAAAUAAUUUGAUAUUGAGAUAAAAACAGCUGCAUUGGACCUUUUUAACCUAUUUUCUGAAUGAUGUCUAACUAUAACUAUUUACUAUGGGUUUAUAUGAAUGGAAGACCACAAAUAGAGUUUUAUAGCCAACGUGUCUUGGUGUUUAUACAGUGUAAUUUACAUUAGUUGUUACGUUGUAAAAGUCCUGUAGCAUUUUCCCUUGAUUCCUCUGCAGAAGCAGCCAAAUACCAACAUACACUCUGAUAUAAACACAUUUAUUGAUUUGAUUAAAAGAUAAUGACACUCACUCACCUCCCUCCCUUUGACACCAAUGCAAAAAUAAUUGUGCUCUGAAGCACAUUCUGAGAUAUUUACGGAAGUAAUCAACGGUUGGUGUUUUAAAAACACCUGUCUGUCACUAUGCACUCCACAUCCAACUCCCUAACAAGGAAUUGGGAGCGAUACAUUCAUACAUUUUUCUGAACGAAAUAGGCAACGUUGUUUUUAAUUGGUCUACUCUACUGCAUAGUGUGUGGUUGGCUUCUUUUGGCAGAGGAGCCCCGCUUUGAGCAGAUGGCGCUGGGGUGACCUUUCCCCUCCGCUGAUGUGACAGGCGUUCUGGAGGGAGGUGUAGAUGGAGAGAGAAACAAACGUUCUCCUCCCAACACCUCCACUGAUUAGCUGGGGACAUGGCGGCUAGGUGAUACACCUCAGGCAGAGAUAGACAAUUUAAUGGCUGACACGCAUUCCGUGUCGACAGAUGUGAUCACUAGGUGUUUUUUUUUCUCUCUCCCUGGUAGUUUUCUUGUGUAAUUAUCUUGACUGUUAUUACACUAAUUGAGUGUGAUUCACUAUUUGACUCCCUCUGAUGCUGAGGUACGGCCUUCCAAGAAUAGAUGUAGAGAUGUACAGCAACUGGCACAUUAGAUAAAGUAUGUGUGAUUGUUAAGUGGUGA